AUCAGAACUUGCAGCGGUAUUUAAAACAAACGCAUGUAAAGCGUUAGGCAGCUUGACCGUUGCUCUAAUUUCCCAGCAUUCCAUGAGAAUAGGCAGAAACUGCUGAGCCGGUUGGUUGUGUGGUAAUCAUGUCGCAGUUUGUGUUUGAGACUGACCUGAAUAGUAUCAUAAAACUUGACGCUCCGAUCACAAAUGCUCCCCUUGCACGAUGGCAGAGGAAAGCAAAGGAGGGUGGCAGUACGUCUGGAAACACAUCUGCAAACAGCAGCAUCAUUUCACCCAUGAAGGCGUCAAACCGAUCCUAUGGCCCAAGCAAAACUCCGUCCAAGACGCCAGGCAAAACGGGGCAUAAAGUGCAGGGUACACCCUCAAAAGCUGGUGGUGAUCGUUUUAUUCCAAGCCGCAAUUCAAUGCAGAUGGAUGUGGCAAGCUUCCUCCUUAGCAAAGAGAAUGAGCCAACAGAGGACUCUCCUACCAAAAAGGAGCAACAGAAAGCCUGGGCUAUGAACCUGAAUGGCUUUGAUGUAGAAGAAGCAAAAAUUUUAAGGCUUGGUGGAAAACUCCAAAAUGCACCUGAAGGAUAUCAGAAUAACUUGAAAGUUCUCUACAGUCAACUCAAAUCUACUCCUGGUUCCAGUAAGAAAGUUGGCAGAUACAUUCCCUCCAUGCCUGACAGAAUACUAGAUGCUCCAGAAAUCAGGAAUGAUUACUAUCUCAACUUGAUAGACUGGAGCUCUCAGAACAUUCUUGCUGUUGCGCUGAGUGAUUCUGUUUAUCUAUGGAACUACAUAUCAGGAGAAAUAGUACUCUUGAUGCAGAUGGAGCACUCUGAAGACUAUAUAUCAUCAGUGUCUUGGAUUAAGGAAGGGAAUUAUCUUGCAGUGGGUACAAGCAAUUCUGAAGUCCAGCUUUGGGAUGUUCAACAGCAAAAACGCCUCCGUAAUAUGGUCAGCCAUUCAUCUCGUGUUGGUGCACUGAGUUGGAACAACCACAUCCUAUCCAGUGGCUCUCGGACUGGUCACAUACAUCACCAUGAUGUAAGGGUAGCUGAGCAUCAUGUUGCCACUCUAGAAGGUCACACUCAAGAGGUGAGUGGCCUCAAAUGGUCUCCAGAUGGUCGCUAUCUAGCCAGUGGUGGGAACGACAACUUGGUGAACGUCUGGCCUGCAGUCCAAGGUGACAGUGGCGAGUUUUCACCGGUGCAAACUUUCACACAACAUCUAGCUGCUGUUAAGGCUGUUGCCUGGUGUCCAUGGCAAUCAAACGUGUUAGCCACUGGUGGCGGAACAAAUGACCGACACAUUCGCAUCUGGAACGUCAGCUCUGGUGCCUGUCUAAAUGCUGUUGAUACACACUCUCAGGUCUGUUCUAUACUGUGGUCUUCAAAUUACAAAGAACUUAUUUCUGGUCACGGCUUUGCACAGAAUCUGCUUGUCGUAUGGAAGUAUCCUACCAUGGCUAAAGUAACUGAGCUUAAAGGUCACACAGCCAGGGUUCUCAGUCUUGCAAUGAGCCCAGAUGGCUCAAGAGUUGUUUCUGCUUCAGCUGAUGAGACUUUAAGACUGUGGAAAUGUUUUGAAAUGGAUCCUGUCAAAAAGAAGGAAAAAGAAAAAGCUGCAAGUAACAAAAGCAUUAUCCACCAGAGUAUUCGAUAACACUAUUGUUUUAACCUACUGCAUAUUGUACACAUGUUUAUAUAUAUUUUAAAUAAAUGGUCUUAACUGUGUUGGACUCACGGGUUUUAUGUGGGUGUAGCAAACUGAGGGAGUCCCUAACUGCUACACAGCUGUACAGCACCUUGUUUGUGUCUACAUAUUCUGUAUUGAGGAACAAACUUUUUAUAUUGUAAACUUAUUCACUUCUGUAAACACCAAUGUGACUUAAUUGUUUUGCUGCUGUAAUAAACUUGUAUAAAUGUUA